UUCCCCAGUACUUUCUUGAGAUAGUUUUAUCUUUUUAUGGACUGAAGGGGGUAAAAAAUGCAUCACCAUGUGGUUUGAUUCUUAUAUCGGCCAGUUUCUGCUUUAUGGCCUCCCAAAUUUACCUCUCUUGGAGGUGUUUGGCGCCAAUACCCGAGCAGAUGUGGUGGGUCUCUUCUAAGGAUUUUCUUAGGUUAAAACAAAAUAGAAAUCGCGGUAAAUUGCUGUUGGACGGUUUUCUCUGAAAGGGGGGGGAAAGUUCAGCCGAGAAGGCCCUCAAAGCCUUUCACCGUCAACGAGUGGGGUGGAACGGAGACAUGGAAACAUUUUAUUACUAUUAUUUUGGAUAAAUUCAUGAGAUAAGAAAAAGGAUGGCAUCUAGAGUAAAUACCAGUUUCACUCUGAUUCCCAACCAGAAAUAUAGACGUAGUAAUCGUCGAUCCAGCAGCUAUUUUUCCAACACCCUUGGCUCAGAUUCUCAGCCCUUAUCAACGCUUGGAAAUUUUAAAGCCUUGCCAUUGGAAAUAUUCCAAAUAAUCUUAAGAUAUUUGUCAGUGAAGGAUAUCAGCAUGCUAAGCAUGGUGUCCAAAACAGUCAGCCAGCACAUUAUUAAUUACAUCUCAACCUCUUCAGGAAGCAAAAGACUUUUACUACAGGAUUUUCAUAACCUUGAGCUGCCUAGCAAGAGACAAGACUCUGCCAUACUGGAACAUUACAGAUCUCUAGGCUUGCUAUUUAAAAGAUGUACGUUGCUGCUACCCACAAGGGAAAGACUGAAGUACAUUCACAAGAUACUGGCAGAAGUUUCCUGUUUUAAAUUCAAUGGCUGUGCAGCUCCUAUCCAGUGUGUAGGAUUACCAUGUUAUGGCAUGUUUUUACAGACCUUAACAGCAGGUUGGGAUGAACUCGAGUGCCAUCGUGUAUAUAACUUCUUAUGUGAGCUGACUAAUCUCUCCCGCAAGAUGCAGACUAUUGUCUGCAGCAAACCAGGAAGUGCCCGAAAACUGGAGUUAAGGAUCAGACUGUUCUGUAGGAAUGUCCUGCUUGAUCACUGGACACAUCGAAGUGAUUCUGCUUUUUGGUUGACACGUAUAUUAAAACCAUGGCCAAUGGUGAAUCAGGCAAGAUUAUUGUAUAUCAUCUUCGGACCCAUAUCUCCUCAAGAUGGACAGGUGGUUUGGCAGAAAAUGAUAGAAGGACCUACAGAUGAAUCCAGUCUGAGAGGUUUGGCUGAUGCUAUUAAAUUACUGUAUGACACAGGCACCAAAGAGUGGACAGCAGAUGGUGUUAUCAGUCUUGUAGAUGAACUAUCAGUGGUUCCCCGUGAGUGGCUUCUAGAGAAUGUUGCACGUCUCCUAAUCCUAAGUGGGAGCAACAUCUGUUUCACUUUCAUGGCUAGUAAAGCUGUGAAUGGACGGGCCAUUGAAUUGGCAAAGCUGAUAGUCUUUUUGGCUUUGGUGUGUGAGAAAGAACUAUACUGCAUGGAUUGGGCAGUUAAAAUGAUGCAAAAAGUCUGUAAAGUCUUUAGCAGUGCCAUGGAAAGAAAUAACUUCCUGCAGAAUGUGGCAAAUGCGUUUGCAUGUGUUAUAAUGGAAAUGCUUCAGUCAGUUAUGUCCGGAGACCAUGAUGAAGACGACAGAAGCUUUUUGAAUUUGUUCCAUCUUGUGCACGCUCAGGCAAACUUCCAUAAGGAGGUCUUGUAUUUGACCAUGAAUACUCUUUCUACCUAAAUACUCAGAAAGCCUUACAUUUAGAGACUACCUCACUGAACAAACAAUUGGAAGAGUGCGACUUUUCCAAACUCAAAGAAUAGCUAGCAUCCAUGGGACUUUUUAUCACCUCAGUACCCUAAGAAUUCCACAGCUGCACAGAAUUUUAGAAGCAACUGCUUGCACCAUUAUUAAUAUAAAAAUUACUGGCAUACCCAAGAGUGUAUUGAGAUUUCUCUGGAAAACAAGCUGUGCCUCUCCAGAUUUUGGUAAACCUAACACCCAACUAAAUAGAGCAUUAGUGUCCAAGAAUCAGGGGUCAACCUGUAUAUGUGGAUGUUUGAAACAAGGGAAAAUUCUGUUUUGUAGGUAGAGCCGACUCAAAUUCACUAAAUGGCUUGUAUCUGUUCACUUUGCUUAGGCUGUGUAGACGUAACCUAGAAUGCUUUAUAAAGAUCUGCAAUAUGAUGCUUUAGAAUGUGUGGAUAUAAAUCACAUUUUUUUACCACCUUUUUGGCAUAUGAUUACAAAGAAUGUUAUAUUUUGUUGAUGUUUUACAUGAACUAACAUAUCAAAAGCUAAAGGAAGUAUGUGUAUAUACCUAUUCAUACAUAUAUAAGUACGUCUGGAUAUCUAUAUACAUACACACACACAUACACAUUUCCUCCUUUAAGACAAAAGUCUAGAAACAGAGGAAAGUAUAUGUUGUCUUAAUACAAUUAAGUCAUCUUUUAUUACUUCCUGGAGAUUAGAGUAAAAUGUCACAAAUAAGGGAGAAUAUAAAAUGAAAGAAAGUACCCAUUCUGCUGCCAGAACAAUCUUCACAAAUAAUUUGCACUUCUUCCUAAAGCUUUCAUCCCUUUCUUAAAGAGUGGGGCUCCAAGGAACCUGGAAGCAGCGUGCAUGGUGAGGGCAGCCCUGAGAGAGUGGGGUUUCCCUCCAGUAAAUGGAUUCCAAAAAGCUCCAGGACUAUUCAUUCUGACUAGCAUUUACCCACCGCUUUUCCUAUUAAAAUAGAAAUGAAUAGUGUCUCACGGGGCUGAAAUCAUGCUGGGGCCCUCUUGGAUCUCCCAUUUUCUUUUCCUUGGGUUUGAUCAUUUUAUUUCUGCUGAAGACAUACCCACCCCCACUGGACUUCUCAGAGGCUGGCUUUCUUUUCCUAAGCUCUUGACUUCACUCACCUCUGCAGCUGAGGAAGGAAAGGAACACAAGAAAAUAUAGAAAUCCCUCACAGAAGUGGGGUGUAAAUUGUGGGAAAUUCUCAAGUGUUUGGUAAGAGGGACUCAGAGGUUUAAUAGGAUUGAGGAAGAGUGCAAAUUUUGGGAAAAAAAUGUAAAGUGUGAUAACAAGAUUUUACUAUAUUUCAGUAACAAAAGCACUUACCUACAUUUUUGAAAUGUCAGAAAUUAACUACCUUUCCCUGAUGAAUUGUCCAACUAUAAUUUCAUUGGUUGCAGGAAUUUUUUUCUCUAGAGUUUAGUAUUUGUAUUUUCAUGCAGAAACAAAGUUCUUGCUUUUCUCCUGGUUUCAUUUUCUUCCUCUCAUUUUAAGAAUUCACCCACAGUUAAAUUAUAAAGAUUAAAAAUUGGCAGAUACCAGAAUACAAAACAAUACCUUGAUUUUAGCCUUUUCUUCCCCCUCUCUCACUCUUUUUCCUGUACAUGCUUUGGAGAGCCUAAUCCAUUUACUUAUCAAAACACUGGUGAUUCCAAGUUGACAGUAUCCCCAUUAGAUUAUAUGGGAGCGGGAGAAAAGUAGAGGAAAAAGUAAAAAUUUUAGUAUAAACUGAAUAUUUUUAGUAUUUAACUCAAUAGAUAUUAAGUUUCAUUCUCUUAGAGAAAGAAAUUUGGCUUUGUGAAGUUUCCUUGAAUUAUCCAAGUCCCCACAGUGGUUUACAAAAGAAGCAUGGUUUAACUUAACACAUUUUUGACCCAGAUUUUGAAUCUCCUUAUACACUUGAACUGACAUGACUGCUACUAUAAAAUUUUUUAAACAUAUUGUUAUAUUAUCCUAGAUAAUUGUGAGAUUAUUAUCUUACCCUCCGCCAAAAUUUGGAACAUAAAAAAAUCGAAUUCAUUCUUUGGGUGCAGUAGAUAAAUGAUAUCAUCUUGCUACCAAUAAAAAGUAAACUGACAAGUUCUUCAUUCAGUUAUCAAUAGACAAAAAUAACACUGAAACCAAACUUGCAAUUUCCUCAGUUCAGCCGCUCGAGGUUUGUUUGGUUUUUUUUGCCAAAUACAUUUGUCAUCAGGAAUAAAGUGUGAUUUCAAAUGUUUAAGUGGGAGAUUAACUUGCAAAAACACAUAUUGUUAUUGCUGGUAUCGAUGUUUAAGUGACAGUAUGGGCACUCAUAGUACCACCAGAAAAGGAGUAUUGGCAAAAUGCAUAGCCUAAAAUUACUAGGAGAUUGUCCACUUCUAACUGACUUUAGAACAGUCAUAACAUAACAACAUGAGCUGCUAACAGGUCAAAUAAUUUAUCCUAUAUCUUUUCCUAAAUUAGAAGAUUGACCUGGUGUAGCUCUUUUUUGCUUUUUGAUAAUGAUUCCCUCGGUCUCCUUUGACUUUCAUUUGAGGCUGAUUUUUACUUCUACUAGGAAGCAAGCCCCAUGACACAUCAUUAUAGUUACCUUACCGCUGUUUCUAAACACACACACACACACCACACACACACAAUACUAAUAAACUAAGGACAUUUCUUUGCUUAGAAACUAAAGUUUAUAUCUUGUGAUGAAUACUCUGUACCUUAAGAAACCAUGGAACAUCUAUCCUUAACACUUUUUAAAAUAAUUCUUUCUCAUGCCUUUUUUUUUUUUUAAAGAUUUUAUUUAUUUAUUUGACAGAGAUAGAGACAGCCAGUGAGAGAGGGAACACAAGCGGGGAGUGGGAGAGG